AUGCAACUGCGAGCACAUAAAAAAGCUCAGAACACACCAAGUGCGCCGUUACAAGGCACUGAAGUCGGUUUCAACGGUCAGACUAGUCCUGAUGAUGAUGUCAUCAGUACAGAGAGCCAAAACAUUCCUUUGAUGCGGGUUGUGAUGUCAAAGAAGCAAACGAAGCGAAAAAGCAACAAAAUUCUGAAGGAAGGGCUGGGUUGUUCAUUACACAAACCAGAUGAACAUGACCAUUCACUUUAUUUGAAGGAAAUUCCUCUGAACGAGGUUUUGGAUUUGAAAAAUGUGGACCACGAAACGCUCAAACGAUCGAAUACCCAUUUCUUUGAAAUUCGUACGCAGGACUGUACUUACUAUAUU